UUCUGACACCGCAUCCUCUCUUAUUUAUGUCCUGAUUCUCCAAACACCCCUUUGCUACACCUCCUAAUCCCCCUGUCCCCAAAUCUCCCUCUUGUCCUACCUGUGUCCCUCCUCUCCCCACUCCCUCUCAAGCCCCUCCACCCUUUCCCUGCUGGGCCCACCCCACGGUUCCUCUCAACCUCAUCUCCUGCCAUGUUACCCUGAGCCUCCGAGGAGGGGGCUCAGGGGGCCCGAUGGCCUCCCGCCCCCCGUGGCCCCGCAGCCCCCGUGGGCCAGGGGAAGCACUGUGCCCAGGAUGGGCAACCGCACGUGGGAGGGCUGCCACGUGGACUCGCGGGUGGACCACCUGUUCCCACCGUUCCUCUACAUCUUCGUCAUCGGAUUGGGGCUGCCCACCAACUGCCUGGCCCUGUGGGCGGCCUAUCGCCAGGUGCGCCAGCGCAACGAGCUGGGGGUCUACCUGAUGAACUUGAGCAUCGCCGACCUGCUGUACAUCUGCACGCUGCCGCUGUGGGUGGACUACUUCCUGCACCAUGAUAACUGGAUCCACGGACCUGGCUCCUGCAAGCUGUUCGGCUUCGUCUUCUACACCAACAUCUACAUCAGCAUCGCCUUCCUCUGCUGCAUCUCCGUGGACCGCUACCUGGCCGUGGCGCAUCCGCUGCGCUUUGCGCGCCUGCGCCGUGUCAAGACGGCCGUGGCCGUGAGCUCCGUGGUCUGGGCCACCGAGCUGGGCGCUAACUCGGCUCCUCUUUUCCACGAUGAGCUCUUCCGCGAUCGCUACAACCACACCUUCUGCUUUGAGAAGUUUCCCAUGGAGGGCUGGGUGGCCUGGAUGAACCUGUACCGGGUCUUUGUGGGGUUCCUCUUUCCCUGGGCGCUGAUGCUGCUGUCCUACCGGGGCAUCCUGCGCGCCGUGCGGUGCAGUGUGUCCACCGAGCGCCAGGAGAAGGCCAAGAUCAAGCGGCUGGCCCUGAGUCUCAUCGCCAUCGUGCUGGUCUGCUUUGCGCCCUACCACGUGCUCCUGCUGUCGCGCAGCGCUGUCUACCUGGGUCGCCCCUGGGACUGUGGCUUUGAGGAACGCGUCUUCUCCGCCUACCAUAGCUCGUUGGCCUUCACCAGUCUCAACUGUGUGGCUGACCCCAUCCUGUACUGUCUGGUCAACGAGGGCGCCCGCAGCGACGUGGCCAAGGCCUUGCAUAACCUCCGGCGCUUCCUGGCCAGCAACAAGCCCCAGGAGAUGGCCAAUGCCUCGCUCACCCUGGACACCCCGCUCACCUCCAAGAAGAGCAGCGUGGCUAAAGCCUUGGCGGCCGGGUGGGUGGCGGCCCCGCCCCCCCAGGGGGACCAGGUGCAGCUGAAGACGCUGCUGCCCGCCCAGUGAAAGUGGCUGGUGCGAGGGCUCCCCGUCUUGGAGGCCCGCCCCCUUGGCUGGUGUGUGCAAAUUACAUGUAAAUAAGGCUGUGUUAAUA